UAUCUUCAACCUCCAAACCCUCUCUCUCUCUCUCUCUCUCUCUGUAUCUUCUCUUUCUCUCUGUUGUUGUUGUUGGUGUCUCUGUGUGUGUGUGUGUGUCUGUGCGACAAUGGCGACGACAGCGUUGAAAUCCUUGCUGACGACCAAUUCGUCCCUCUUCUCCAGCCCUUCUCGCUCCAACUCCGCCGCGAAAAGCCCUCUCCUGUACCUCCCAGCCUCUUCCAGGCGCCUCAGCCUCCGCCUGUCCCGGUCUCGCUCCGCGCUCUCCUCGGCCUCCUUCGAGCCCCGCCACCGCUCCGUCGCCGCGUUCGUCGCGCGCACCGCGGACUGGGCCGCCCAGCAGGAAGGACAGGGGAAGGGCGAGCUCGAAGCCCUGGGAUCGGGCUGGGGAGCCGAGGGGGAGGACGCGGGCGUCGGAGUCGACGAGGCGGCCGAGGGAGAUGGUGGCGAAGAUGGGUUUUUCGAGGGGGCCGAAAUGAAGGGAUCUUUCGUGGAGCCGCCCGAGGAGGCGAAGAUAUUUGUUGGUAAUUUGUCUUAUGAUAUCGACAGUGAGAAAUUGGCUAUGUUGUUUGAGCAAGCUGGAACUGUUGAGAUUGCUGAGGUUAUUUAUAACAGGCAGACCGAUCAGAGUCGUGGGUUCGGGUUCGUUACAAUGAGUACGGUGGAAGAAGCAGAAAAGGCUGUGGAAAUGCUUCAUCACUUUGAUUUAAAUGGUAGACUUCUAACUGUCAACAAGGCUUCCCCAAAAGGAUCACGAGCGGAGCGCCUCCCUCGCGUCCUUGAUGCUGAAUAUAGAGUGUAUGCUGGGAAUCUGCCGUGGAAUGUGGAUGAUGCUCGUCUGGAACAAGUUUUCAGUGAACAUGGUAAGGUGGUAAAUGCGCGGGUCGUUUAUGACAGGGAAACUGGCCGUUCUCGUGGUUUUGGCUUUGUGGUGAUGGCAUCUGAGGUUGAGAUGAAUGAUGCUAUUGCUGCUCUUGAUGGACAGAGCUUGGAUGGGAGAGCCAUCAGGGUAAAUGUCGCGGAGGAAAGACCGAGACGCAGCUCCUUUUAAAUCGAAAGGAGGAGACUAUUUAAGCUUUGUUUUUCUCGCCUUCUCUCCUUUGUCGAGCCUUUUCAUCUUUUCCUUGCAUAAUCUCAUCUUUUACCGUUGUAAGACAAUGAAACUGUUCGUUCAUUAUAGAAAAGAUGUACAAGUUACUGAUGACAGGUACCAGAAGUAUUUUGUUAGAAGAUGAACUGUGGACAGAUGUUCAGGGAUUCUUCAAGUGGUGGAGGAUUCAUUUAGUUG